GCGAAUUAGUGGCAAAAUGUUAAAGAUUAUUUGUAAAAUGCUUAUUGUUCUAUUUUUGUGGUCUUUAUUGGCAAAUAAUAUAACAAAUGCUGGAAAAAUACUCGUGAUUGCGCCUACACCUUUGUACAGUCAUCAAAUAGUUUUCCAGUCGUUGUGUUUAGCCUUAAAUAGACGCGGACAUGAACUGACCGUAAUAACUCCAAAUCCGAUAGAAGAUUCAACAUUAAAAAAUUAUACAAAAAUAGAAUUUCCGGAUUUAUAUUCUUUACUUCAACAAUAUAAACAACAAAUAACACGGCUAUCGCUAAUCGACUUAAUGAAAUUUGGAUGGGAAAUAACACAUCAAAUAAGCAAACUGAUAUUUAAUAACCCAAAAUUUAUAGAACUUUAUAAUAGCAAUGAGAAGUUCGACGCGGUUAUUCUAGAAUCAAUAAGUUAUCAGUCAUUAUCUAUUAUGUCAUAUAGAUUUAACGCUCCUCUUAUAGGAAUUAUAACCAUGGGCAUACACAAUUAUCAUCGAUAUGUUUCUGGCAGUCCUAUACAUCCAUCACAUUUGUCAAACUGGGAAAUAAAUACUCUAACUGAGGAAAAUCCGUCGAUUUGGCAAAGAUUGUGGAACUUUAUCGAAACGUGGCAUAUUGUUCAUUAUUUUAUUAAUGAUUUUAUAAAGAAAGAACAGGAAUUGGUUAAAAAACAUUUUGGAAAUGACGUACCAUACAUCAUCGAUAUAAUGAGGAAUAUGAGUUUGCUGUUAGUCAACGAGAAUCCAAUACUCGCAUACCCUAGACCCGAACAGUUAAAUGCAGUAUUUUUUCAUAGUAUUCACAUACAAGAACCGCCACCUUCUUUACCAAAAGACUUAGGACAAUUCCUAGAUAACGCAAUGGAAGGAUUUAUUUACGUGAGUCUUGGAACUGUUACCACCUGUCACACUUUACCGAAAGAAACGUUGAGGAACUUCGUUGAAGUGUUUUCGAAGUUAUCUUAUAAAAUAGUUUGGAAAUUCGAGUGCGAUGAGUUACCGGGAAAGCUCGAUAAUGCAUUUAUCUCAAAAUGGUUUUUACAGCAAAGCGUACUCGCUCAUCCGAACAUCAAGCUAUUUAUUUCUCAAGGAGGAGCCCAAAGUACCGACGAAGCUGUCUAUUAUGCAGUUCCAAUUUUAGGAAUUCCGAAUAUGUCCGAACAAGAAAACCGAGUUCGACGAUUGGUCUCGUUGGGCGCCGCAAUAAGUAUUAAAAUACACGAAUUAUCCCAAAAACGUCUUAAUAAUGCUAUUCAUCAAAUCCUUAACGAUAAAAGUUACAAAGAAGAAAUGAUGCGUUUAAGUUCUCUCUCCAAGGAUCAACCAUAUAAUAGCACUGAGAAUAUAAUAUGGUGGAUAGAAUUUGUGAUGCGUCACAAAGGAGCAAAUCAUCUUCGAUUUAGUGAUAGCACUAAACCAUGGUAUCAACGUUACGAUAUGGAUAUUAUUGCGUUGUGCGCCAUAACAUUAUUUAUAAUAAAAUGUGCAAUAACGUUGACUAUCAUUCAGAUUAUACGUUUCACCUUAAACAAUACCGUACUUUAUACCCGUCACUAA